CGACAACGACGCCGACCGGCGAUCAUCAUCCGUCCUAGCGUCUGCAGUUGUUGCAGUCGGCUCACGGCGCUCACCGUCGAGCACGCGACCGUAUAUUCCAAGGGGAUUCCCGCCGUUUCCGUGCUCUUCCUUUAUACUUUUAUUCGGGCAUUUCUUCUUUUUUCCUUUUUCUUUUUUUUUUUUUUUAACGCCGCCACGUUUACGGCCAACAACGUUACGCGAUACAGUGUGAGUCACACACAGGUGCCACGGAACCGGACCCCGGUGCGGAGAAAGAUCGCGAUUCCAUUCCUCUUUCUCCUUCUUUCUCUUUCAACGCCGACACACCGUACAGACACACACACACACACACGUACACGCGCGCGUAUCCGCACGCACUCCGGCUCGCCACCAGUCUGUGCCGCGAUCGGAAUUGGGAAGGCCUAGAGCGGAUCCAAGAUCGGCCCCGGUCCCCACACGCGUUUCACCCGACGUGCGUCCACGUCGAUGACUCUUGGACGAGUGAUCCGGGCACAGUGAGGGUAUCCUCUCCUCCAAGAAGGGGUAUCCACAGUGACAAGAGAGAAAGAGAAAGAGAGAAAGAAAGAGAGAGAGAGUGAGAGAGAGGACCAAGGAAAAGGGGAGGAAGGAAGAUUUCCAACGGACGAUCGUUGGAUAUUUCCCAACCGAAGUCUGGAUAAUCUGGAUCGAAGAGGAGCGAGAGAUUGAAGAGGAAAUUGGAGAGAUCUCGAUAGGAGUUCAGGGUGGAAGUCGAAGUCGUUGGUUACGUCGGAAGAGCGAACGUUUACACGCUCGUAAAACGGUGACACGGAGGGGGUUUUACAUGCGUCAUCGUCGUGCGGGUACAAAUCGCACGCGACCAUACGUUUCGACGACAGUACACGUGCGUAACGACGCGCUCGAUCGCUCCUGCGAAACACGGGGCUACGAUCCUCUUUCAAGGACACACGGUGAUAAAUGCGGUGCCGGAGAUGACGUCCUCCGCGUUCUCCAAAAUGUCCAUCCGGCUGGUGCUGCUCUGCUUGGUCGUCACGGUGUGUAACGGUGUACCUGUGCCAGAAGAGACUGAUGAGGUUACCACGAUCAAGUCCACGACGAUCACCGCCAUCUCCAUCGAUCCCGAAAUCAAGGGCCACUCGAUGGACGAUAUCUUGCCAGGAACGAAAACGCCGCCGAGUCCAGUGAUAUUCGUGGACGUUCCAGAACACAUAGAGACGGAACUCGGCUCAUCCGUGCUUCUAGCGUGCAGAACCGCUAAUCCAGUGGCGGAGUGCCAAUGGUCCUGGCAACCUUUGCCUCCGGUUCACCUCCCAUUACCGGAUAUCAGCGAAACUCCGGCGACCACCACCACGGUCUCGAUGAUUCAGACGACAACCACGCCGACUACAAAUCCGUUGCCGGUACGACAAUUUCCUGCCUUCGGGAACAAUAGCAACGACUGUUCCGUAAGAUUCUCGAGUACGAAGCACGAGCAGACCGGAUACUGGACCUGCGCCGCGAGAACUUCCACGAAUGAUCCUUUCACCAGCACGGAACCCGCCAAGCUGAGCAUCGUUAAUGAGCACCAGAGUCCCUUGAUCGUAUUUUCCAAGCUUGAUAAUAUCGUCGAGGUCCCGGCAGGAUCCUCGGCGCAAAUAAUGUGCCAGAUGAAAUCACCUGUCCGUGAAUGCCAAUGGUCCUGGCGGCAGUUGAACCAAUCCCAGCCGUGGAACCUCGAGGUGAAGCGAUUCCCAGCUUUCGGCAACGACAGCACCGAUUGCAGUAUUAAGUUCAAGAACGUGUUGCCCGAGCAAGAAGGAUAUUGGACGUGCGGCGCCAGAAUCGAUCCGAAUUCCUCCUUCACGCAGUCCAAUCCCAUACGAUUUCUUAUUUCGGAAGUCGAAUUCGUACAAUUGUCUAGAGGAAUUCAAGUGGCAUCUGGCGAAUCCGUGCUUCUCAGAUGUCUGGUAAACAAGCCGGUGGUACAAUGUGAAUGGUCUUGGAAAGCCUCGAACUCGAGUCAAGAACCUCUGUUAGUUAAAAAGUUCAAUCCGAACAAAGACGCCGAUCACGAUUGUUCGGUGAGGUUCAAGAAUAUCUUGUACGAGGAGGAAGGAUUAUGGACGUGCGGUGUUCGAUUGUCACCGGAUGGAAUUUUGCACGAAGCACCACCCGCCACUGUUAGCCUUCUACCUACAGCCAAAGUUAACUUCGUUGAAAUGCCGACGGACACUUCCGUACCGGUUGGUACGGAAGCCAUGUUAAAAUGCGUAACAAGCAGCCGUGUGGAGAAGUGUACGUGGUUCUGGAAACCGCUUCACGGAAACGAACCGGAGAUCGUCAUUGAGGAAUAUCCAAGCAACGGCGACCUCGGCAGAGACUGUUCGUUCACGUUUCCGAAAGUGUAUAUCGAAAAACAGGGUCAAUGGGCCUGCCAAGUGUCGAUCGGUUCCCUCAACACGAUAUUGACCUCGCCUUACGCCAAACUCACCGUAUUCGAGCAAGACGACGUGAAAUUCUCGGAGCUGUCUAAAGACAUCCAAAUAACAGCCGGUGGAAGCGUUUUCCUCCAUUGUGUCACCUCCUCGGCUGUGGAACAGUGCCGAUGGUCCCUGACGCCGGUGAACUCCAACACAACGGUAGUGGUGAAGCAAUUUCCGGCGGCCGGAAGCGAGGCCAGAGACUGUAGUGUCAGGCUGACGCACGCGCUCGCGGAACAGGAAGGACUGUGGACCUGCGGUGCCAGGAUACGCGGUAGACAAAAUUACACGGACGCGCCUCCGGCCAAGCUAAGCCUCCUGGAACCAGAACCAGUGACUGUGGUAUUGUGGGCUGUGCCCCAUCAAAUGGUUACUCUUUCGUGCAAAGUAGAAACUAUGUUAUCAGAAGUACAGUGCCAUUGGAUCCAUCCGCCAAAAAUCCAUAUUUAUCAAAAUGGAACAAAAAGGCACAAUAUUCAGAUGAAUAAUAAUACAGGCGUAUGUACUUUGGAAUUUAAACCAAAUUAUUCGGAUUUAGGAAAAUGGAUAUGUAAAUUCACUGUUCCUCACACAGAUGAAGAAAUAGGCAAUGCAUCACUUAUUCUGUUAAAUAGUAUUGGAGAUGAAAAAUUGGGAUGGAUAGUUGGUGCCCUGACAACAUUAACGUUAUUUCUGAUGAUUAUUAUAGUUGUUUUAGUAGUUUGUAAGACACGUUUAUUUGUCAGAAAAUCAUCACGAGUUUUAGAAACUAUAUCUACAUCAGAAAAGAAACAAACUUCGCAAUUAAACAAUGGACAUUAUAUCGAAAAUCAAACAAAAUUAGAUAGACAAGUUUCUGAGCAACAUGAUCAAAAUAUGACAAAUAUUGAGAGUAUUCUUCCUAAUAGAAGUCCAAAUUUAUAUGAACGCGUUGGAAAAUAUAGAAGAUCAUCAAAGUAUGAAAAUAUUCGAAUAUGAAAGAAAUUUUAAUCAUAAAAUCUUAGCUUGUAUUUCAAAUAAAUAUCUAUAAGAAAUUCUAUU